AUGCUAGUUAGAAUAGUAGUGAGAAAAGAGGUCAUAUCAAUUAUUAGUACGUAUGGGCCGCAAGUUGGGCUAGAUGAUGAAGUCAAAUGUGAGUUUUGGGAUAACCUGGGGGACCUUAUAGAUAUCAUCCCUGCCAAUGAAAAAGUUUUUAUAGGUGGAGACUUCAAUGGACACAUAGUUAAGGAGGCAGUUAACUAUAACUCAGUUCAUGGCGGUUUUGGUUAUGGUGUAAGGAACGAGAGUGGAGAGAUCUUCCUUAAGUUUGCGUUAGCAAAGGAGUUUGUUAUAGAAAACUCGAUCUUUAGAAAGAAGGAUGAGCACUUGAUUACUUACAAGAGUGGUGGGCAUGCAACCCAAAUUGACUACUGUUUAGUAUGGAAGGAUGAUCGGAGCUUGUGUCUAGACUGUACGGUCGUGCUGGGUACAGGGAUGCCCACCCAAGAUAGGUUAUUAGUAUUAGUGUUUCGUAUGAGGAGAAAGAUUGCCGAGAAGAAGAUAAAGGCGACCAUAACGAAAACCAUUCGAAAGGUGGCAAAGGAGACAUUAGGGGUAUUGACGGGGAAACCAAAGGUGUACAAAGUAUUGUGGUGGUGGAACGAAGAAGUGCAAAAGAAGAUAAAGGACAAAAAUAGGAGAUUCAAGGAGCUCAUGGCUUGCACGGAGGAGGAGGAUAGGACACAUAAGAAUGAGAGGUAUAAAGAAGCGAAACGGGCGGCAAAGAAAGUAGUAGCGGAGGCAAAAGAUCACGCGUUUGAAGCCUUUUAUCAAAAGCUUGAUACUAAAGAGGAGGAGAAAUAUAUUUUUAAGUUGGCAAAAACAAGAUCUAGGUAG